AAAAAUUUCUAAUUGACAUUGACGUCUAUAUCAGAAGUGUUAAUAUGUAUACAUUUCUCGUUAGAAAAUACCAUGGUACAGCAAGUAUUAUAACAAUGAGGAAUUUUUAAUGAUUAUUAUAGGAAGUUGUAAUAAUACAUUAAAAAUAGAAAGAAUGGAAAACGUUAUGGAGGGUGUCAAUGGACAACUGCAAAUAAAGUAUCAAAAGAUUGCUACAGAAUACUCAAAAAUUCGUGCUCAAGCAAAUGUUUUAAAGAGAGCUGUGAUUGAUGAACAAGCACGUAAUGCAGAUAUUCGAGAACAAUUGAAAGAGAAAGAAGUAGAGCUUCGCAGAGCAGAACAAGAAUUAGAUAGCUUAUCAUUUCGAAAUCAACAAUUAACUAAACGUGUAACUGUACUACAAGAAGAACUUGAUAAAACACAAAAUAAAUCCAAGAAAGGAAAAAAUAAAUUAUCGGACAAUAAUAGCCAAGUAUUAACAUCAGCAAAUCAUAUUUUAGAUGAAGAAUUUCAAAAAAAAAUACUUGAAAAUGCUCAAUUAUUAUCACAAAUUAGUGAUAAAGAUAGUGAAAUUGAAACUUUAAAUGAAAGAAUACAACAAUUAGAAUCUAAAUUGGAUUAUUGUGAAAAAACUAAAAUUGAAUUAGAGUGUCAGUAUCAAAAUAUUAUAGAUAAAUUAGAAAGAGAAAGAAAUGAUUUACAGAAAAAGUUAAGUGACAAACAGAAACAAGAAGAAAGUGUGUCAUGGUCUAGUAAUGAGGGUAAACGAGAUGGAUAUGAAUCUGACAAUAGGAUAGGACAUUCCAACCUUCCACAAGUAGAACCAUCUCCAUUUUCAUCGCCUUCUGCAUCACGUAGAUCAUCAAAAUCUAUUGGUGAAGGACGACCUCAAAAAGUACAAGAAGAAAAUAAUGAUUUUGACUUUUCAAAAUCACGUGAUUUAGAAAAAGAAGUUAAUCACUGGAGAGCGCAAUAUCAUAUACUUAAAAUAAAAUAUGAUGAAAUAGAACAAAGAGAAUGUUUUAAUAAUAUGCAGAUUGAACAUGAACCUUUACAACCUGCAGAGAUAACGCAUAUGAUUGGAAAAUUAAUGGUACCUUUUGCGCUACCAGGAGAAAUUGAAGCUCGAGAAGCAAAAAUUAGAGAUUAUUUUCUACAAGAGAUUGAUAAAUUAAUGACAGAGAAACAUAUUUAUCAUGUGAAAAAUUUAGCUAUGGCUGCCAAUAGUGAAGUUCUACAAGUUCAUUUAGACACAAGUGAAUCAAAGAGAGAAAAAUGCGAAUCUGCACUUGCAGAAGCACUUUCAAAUUGUAGUAUUUUACAGAAAGAUAAAGAAAUACAAGAAGGAAAUUACAAAGCACAACUCAGUACUAUGAGUGAACAUCUUGCUAACAUGAAUGAAAAACUUAUUUCACAAACAGAAGAAAUACAACAAUUAAAAUUUCAGCUUGUAAAUAAGAACAGUAAAAAAGGAAAACAAAAGUGAUACAGGUCAGGUUAUAAAUUAAACAUAAUUGACAUUCC